UCCGGACGGGAGGGGGAGUGAGACGUGCGCUGGCGCGCAGGCGCAGUAACGAGACGACAGAUCGUGUGUUUCCAAAAUGGCGGCAGCGAUGGAUGUGGAUACCCCGAGCGGCACCAACAGCGGCGCGGGCAAGAAGCGCUUUGAAGUGAAAAAGUGGAAUGCAGUAGCCCUCUGGGCCUGGGAUAUUGUGGUUGAUAACUGUGCCAUCUGCAGGAACCACAUUAUGGAUCUUUGCAUAGAGUGUCAAGCCAACCAGGCGUCGGCUACUUCUGAAGAGUGCACCGUUGCAUGGGGAGUCUGUAACCAUGCUUUUCACUUCCACUGCAUCUCCCGCUGGCUCAAAACACGGCAGGUGUGUCCGUUGGACAACAGAGAGUGGGAAUUCCAAAAAUAUGGGCAUUAGAAAAAGAGAAUUCUUCCAGCAAGCUCAACUGUUUUGUUAUUCAUGUAAUGACUUGCCCUCGUGUUACUUAAUUAUAAAUUAGAUAGAACCAUGUCUUUUCUGCUUUGUCUUUUCAGUUUGCUGUUCCCUUAGCCAUAUUGUAUUCUGUGUCAAAUAAAAUCCAGUUGGAUGCUAGAGCAGAUGCUGUCUCUUGUGUAUGUAAAAAAAAACAAAGGGGUCCUCUCUUCCAGCUUUGGAAAGCAAGGUGUUUGUUCACUAAAGCCGGAGUAGAACUGUCGUGCAAGCACGUCGCUUGGUCACAAGGAAGCCUGGUCCACAGCCUGGUUCCUGGUGGCAGUUCUGGGCAAGUCACCGCUCUGCUCUAGGCUUUCCUCUGUAAAGUGGCUGCUGAGGAUUAAAUGUUAUCAUUUGGGUACCUAAAGAGGCUUUAUAACACUAUAUAAAUGUUAACUUUGUGUAUAAUGUGUUUCUUCUUAGUUUAGAAAAGUCAUCUUGAAAUAAUCUUAGCUGGCAAAAGAGUGAUCUAUGAACUAAAGUUGGAAAUUGAUGUCAUUUAAAAUUGAGUUAACAGGAGAAUGCAAGUUUCCUUCCCUUUUCGAUUUGUUUAAAAUGCCUUGGCUGUAGAGGGAACUGCCAGUUCUAAUAUUAAUUCAGUGGCUGUAUAGUCUUUAACUGAGAGGCAGGGUCUUUUACUGCAUUGGUUCUCAAAGUAUGGUCUGAGGACUUCUGGGGAUGCCAGAAGCCCUUUGAGGAGGUUUAUAAAAUCCCUUUUCCAGUUGCAUGACUAGCAAGGCCAGCUCUUCUUUUUGUCCUUCAACCAAAGCAACGUACUGAAAGAAGCAGCAGCGGUGGGAAUCCAGCUGUGUCCUAUUAAGUCAGAUAUAGAAGAGAUUUUAAAAAUGUAAAACGGUGCCACUCCUCUAAUUUUUUGUUUGAGAAAGUUACUUUUAAUAAAAAUAUUUAUGUUAA